AGUAAAGGCCCGAUUCGUCCCUUCAUUUCCACCCACGGCCUUGCCAAAUGCUCAAUUCAUUCUUGAUAAUGGGCUCAGGGCAUGCGUUCGCGACCGCGACAAAGAAACCUUCAACCAAAUCUUCCACAACGUCCAGCGUCAGGUCAUCUGCAACGAAAGGAACUGCACCUCAGAGAAAGGUGACCGCGUCCGGGAGAAAGCUUGCUGCUAAGAAGGCUACUGAGCAGAGACCGGUCAAGCACAACGGCAAAGUAGGCAAGAAGCCAAAAAUUGUCAAGGAGUAUACAAAGCCGCCCAAGAGGCCCUUGACGCCAUACGUACGCUUCCUUGGGGACCUACAAAAGGAUGCACCGAGGCAAAAUAGUAUCGAGGGAAACAUUGAAUUUAUUAGAGAGACCGCGCAAAGAUGGCGGAGCCUGAGCCCUGCAGAAAAGCUCCCUUAUGAACGCGAAUUCGCUCAGGAACGUGAGAGACAUAUUCUCGAAAGGGAUGCGUGGAUAAAGAGCCUAUCUCCCCGGGGGCUUCGACAGUAUCGUGCCGCUGUACGCAAACGUCACAUAAAGGCUCGACCUAAGGAUCAAUCUGGGAAACCUCUCAAACGCGCACCCUCUGCCUACAACAUCUACUCGAAGGAGGCAAUAGUGAAGAAAAGAAAACCUGGUGAGAGGGCUAGCCAGUACCUAGCCGAAAUUGGCCAAGAAUGGAGACAUCUCAGUGAAGCUGAGAAGGCGCAAUAUGAAUCUAGGGCAGCGGCUGGAAGGAUUCCUUACAAACAGGCUAAAGACAAACGCAAGGAUGAGACGCGUGCAAGGUUCUAUGAAGUUCACAAGCUCAAUACUUGAACGGCCAAUCGAUAAUUAUUACAUUCUUAUUUAUUUCACGCUUUUUUGGCACCGCUGCGUGCAUGGUAUUGUUUCGUACUCGCUAAAGCAUGACAGUGAUAACCUUCCGGAUUUAAAUAUUCAUAUGUGAACCCCGCAGGACCUUGCAUUGUAACAGUAUUGAGCCUUGGGAAGAUGGCUCGUUUCUUCGCGGGCAUUCGCUGGUUUCACAUGCGUGCGCAAACCC